AGAAAAAAGCCCCUAUUCGUUGAAUGAUGAAGCGCUUGCUUCUAUGGUAUCGUCAGUGGCUGUCAAUUCUCACUUUCGCCGAUCGAAACCGAAACGCCGAUUUACACUGAACACGACAUUUCACCAAGAGGCGCCUUUGACUAUCGAACAACGAAAAUGCGAGUUCUUGAUGGAUCAGAUCACAGUACUUCAGCGAGGAUAUGAUAAACUAAGACAGGAAAAGGCAACGGUGGAACUUCAGUUGGAGAUGAUGCAAAGACAACAUCAGUUUCUUCAGCAUCAGCUGAUUUUACACCAAAAGCGCAAUAAGGAUCUGACGUUCCCAACAGCUACAAAAGGUCUAUUGCUGCCACCAGUAAUCCAGCCUUCAACUGAGAAACAGGGAGUUUUAAUAGAAUUAAACGAUAGCAGCGAUGAUAAUAGUAAUGGUGGUGAUGAUACAGGAACGGCAGUAGCAGUAGCAGCACUAACGCCAACAACAGCUGCUAUUACUACCACUCUUGCCAACGAAAAGCAAAACCGUGUUGAAGAAGAAAAAAAUGAAAAGACUCGUAUUCAAGCUCAUGUCAUUCGACCGAACCCUGAAUUAACACGUGAUGAGCGAUUUGGCAAUUCGCUGCAACAGCAACAGCAACAACAACAAGCAUCCAACCAAGUGGAGAACCACAAGGCAGCGAUUAAUACAAAAUAUACCCAUCCUAUCCACACAAAUGCAUACACACAGGCACAUACACAAGCACAUUCUAAUUAUCCUCCUAUCUGUGGUUCCGAAAAGUGGGAUAUUCAGCAUUGCAGUUGCUGCAUGGGAGUCCUGAUUGAUAUUUGAUCAAGUUCAUCAAG